UAGCUUUGUCACGUGUCACAUGACCCUUUGCGGAAGUUGUAGUAAUCUGAUAUUAUACCGUCGUCUGUUAAAGCUAAUGCUAUAUAUGUUUAGUUGUGUAAACACUGCCGUCAAAUGAAAGACCAGAUUCAAAAAGAAGACAUGAACGUGUCUGCACAAGAAGAAUGUGCUCGGUUUCUGGACGAAAAACUGCUGACUUUUAUGGACCAGUUGGAAUUACUGGAGGAAAAACGAGCUCGUUUUAACACACUCAUUGAGCAGGGAUGGUUUUCCAUUUCCAAGUCACGGUACUCCAUGGGAAACAAACAUGUGUCAGCUCUUCAAUAUGCAAGUGAGAUAGAGCCACUGGUUUCUGUCAAUGUAAGAACACUCAACAAUGACAAUAUUGAGUUCUACACAGAAAGAGAGUCACAAAAGCCUCAUAAUGAGAGUAAAAGUGGAACAUCUGUUGAAGACAUUGGGCCACAAGAGGAAGGCAUCAGAAGGAGAAAUACAACUAAAAAAGACAGCAGUGAAAAGGAAGCAGUUGAAGAAUUAAGUAGUAACAAUACAUCUGAAGACAUUCCAACUACAAAAAGUGAACAGAAUCUUCAACAAAACCCACUUAAAUGGUUUGGGAUUUUGGUGCCACAGUCCCUGAAACAAGCUCAGUCAUCAUUCAACCAAGUAAUCGAGCUGACUGCUGAGAUUGCAACUCUUCAGGUGGCAAUCAUCAACACCAGACAGGAGUUAAAGGACCACAUUCAGAAGAAGGUCACUGCAUCCUUGUUGGAAAAGACUCCCUAAAAAAUGGAUGGUGGAAAAACACUGUCGUUUUCAGGAGGGUGUAUCUAUGUAGAUGUAUUAGUCUGACAGGACGCAGUGGUUAACACAUCAACCUCACAGUCUGGAGAUAUGGCUUUGAGUCGCCAGUGGGACAUCCCUGUGUGGCGUUUGCACACCUGUACAUACACAGGUUUAAACCAGGUACUCCGGCUACCUCCAAUAUCCGAAAUACAUGCAUGUAAGGUUCAAUUGUCCUUGCCUUUUGCAAUAGGCUACAGCUCAAGCAUGUGACCCUAAUGAGGACAAGUGGAAUACAAUAUUGAUGGAUAGAUGGGAUUUAGUAUCCAUCCAUUUUCUACCGCUUGUCCCUCUCGGAGCCUAUACCAGCUGUCACAGGGAGAACAUGCAAGCUCAACACAGCCCCUGAGAUUGGGAAUUGAACCCAGGACCUUCUCGCUGUGAGGCACAAGCUUGAAUCACUGCGUCAAUGUGCUGCCCUGGGAUAUUUUUGUCAUACUUUAUGUAGUAUAUGUGUUGUUAAUGCUACUUAAAGUAAUAUAUUUUAUCAUGGCGCCACAGUAUUGUGCUCUCUUGUAGUUGUGUUUUUCUUGUCUUGCAAUGAACAAAGAGAGCACAGUCUACCAAGUCAAAAUCCUUGUGUCAAACAUACUUGGCCAAUAAAGCUGAUUCCAAUUGUU